AUGAAGUUUUUGGAGAAAUAUUUUUCAUUGUUUCCAGAUGAUCUUCAAAAUGAUAUCUAUAUUGCCGGUGAAUCCUAUGGUGGACAGUAUAUUCCAUAUGUUGCUGAUGCGAUACUCAAAAGAAACGAGAACCUAACCGAUGGAGAGGCGGAAUACAAGUUGAAAGCAUUGCUUAUAGGUAAUGGGUUGGUAUCGCCAGACGAGCAGAGCUUAUCGUAUAUCGAUUGGUUCAAAGAGAAGUCUUUGAUUGACGAUUCAAAUCCCAAGUGGUCUGAUAUAAAUGAUGCCCAAAAAGCAUGCCAAGAUGUUGUUGAUGGCAAAGCAGCAAGUCCAAAUGAAAAUUAUGCUUUUUCUUGUCGGUCUAUAUUACCAAUUAUUUUGGAAGCCACCAAAAAUGAUUCAGCUCCCACUGAUGAACAAUGUGUCAACAUCUACGACUAUCAAUUGCGUGAUUCCUAUCCAUCUUGUGGGUCCUCGUAUCCUCCAGUUAAUGAAAUUACUACACCAUACCUCAAUAGUUCGGAUAUUCAACAUGACUUGAAUGUUGAGCAUCCUGUCAAUUUUACAGAAUGUAGCACAGUCGUCCAGAAUGCAUUCACUGCCGCCAACUCACCACCAGCCAAGGAGCUUUUGCCAGAUAUCGUAUCGCAAAUUCCGGUAGUUUUGUACAAUGGGGAUCUUGACAUCAUCUGCAACACGAAAGGAGUGUUGAGAUACUUGUCGAACUUGACAUGGAACGGUGCAACAGGGUUCGAUGAUGUCGAAAAGAAGUCUGAUUGGAUAGUUGAGGACAAAAAAGCUGGAUGGGUUUUACAAGAUAGAGAUGUGACUUUGAUUAAUAUUUACAAUGCAAGUCACUUGGUCCCAUAUACCCAACCCAAAGUGUCAAGAUAUUUGUUUGAUUUUGUUACGAAUGAGUAUACCAAGAACGAUGAAGGGUUUGUCAGUCUGCCAAAAGAAGGACUCAAGCGCUAA